AUGGCUCUUCCGGAUCCCAAGGGGGCGGUGGGAGCAGCCGUGAUGCUUGAGACCUCCGGCCCUGAAUCCACCAACAGCUGUGACCACUUCAGCUAUUUUAAACCCUUGAGCACCAGGAAACUCCUGUCCCAUCAACCAGGCACUGGGCCCAACAUCGUGGGCCCAAGCCAGGGCAGGAGCCCUGAGUAUCCCUGUGGCCCGGAGCAGCUGGGCUCUUCACCACCUCCUAAUUUGGGCGACCUGGGGAGGAGCCCGCACAUCCUGUCGGUCACCAGGCGCGAGCGGACCGUGCGGCUGCAGUACGGGAGCCGCGUGGAAGCGGUGUACGUGCUGGGCACCUACCUCUGGACCGAUGUCUACAGUGCGGCCCCAGCCGGAGCCCAGACCUUCAGCCUGAAGCACACAGAGCACGUGCGGGUGGAGUUGGUACGAGAUGGGCAGGCCGAGGAGGUGGCCACCAACGGCAAGCAGCGCUGGCCCCUCUCGCCCAGCACCACGCUGCGGCUCACCAUGAGCCAGGCCAGCACCGAGGCCAGCGGUGACAAGGUCACCGUCAACUACUAUGAGGGGGAAGGAAAAAUUCCCAUCGACCAGGCGGGGCUCUUCCUCACGGCCAUCGAGAUCUCCCUGGAUGUGGACGCAGACCGGGAUGGUGUGGUGGAGAAGAACAACCCAAGGAAGGCGACCUGGAGCUGGGGUCCUGAGGGCCAGGGGGCCAUCCUGCUGGUGAACUGUGACCGAGACACGCCCUGGCUGCCCAAGGAAGACUGCAGUGAUGAGAAGGUCUACAGCAAGGAAGAUCUCAAGGACAUGUCCCAGAUGAUCCUAAGGACCAAAGGCCCUGACCGCCUCCCUGCUGGGUACGAGAUGGUUCUCUACAUCUCCAUGUCGGACUCGGACAAAGUGGGCGUGUUCUACGUGGAGAACCCCUUCUUUGGCCAGCGCUACAUUCACAUCCUGGGCCGGAGGAAGCUCUACCACGUGGUCAAGUACACAGGCGGCUCCGCGGAACUGCUGUUCUUUGUGGAAGGCCUCCGAUUCCCCGACGAGGGCUUCUCGGGCCUGGUCUCCAUCCACGUCAGCCUGCUGGAGUACCUGACGGAGGCGAUUCCCCUGACACCCAUCUUCACGGACACCGUGACAUUCCGGAUUGCUCCGUGGAUCAUGACACCCAACAUCCUGCCUCCAGUGUCGGUAUUUGUGUGCUGCAUGAAAGACAAUUACCUGUUCCUGAAAGAGGUGAAGAAUCUGGUGGAAAAGACCAACUGUGAGCUGAAGGUGUGCUUCCAGUACAUUAACCGCGGUGACCGCUGGAUCCAGGAUGAAAUCGAGUUUGGCUACAUUGAGGCCCCCCACAAAGGCUUCCCGGUAGUGCUGGACUCCCCCCGGGAUGGGAACCUGAAGGACUUCCCCGUGAAGCAGCUCCUGGGCCCAGAUUUCGGCUACGUGACCCGGGAGCCCCUCUUUGAGCCCGUCACCAGCCUCGACUCCUUUGGAAACCUGGAGGUCAGUCCCCCAGUGACCGUGAACGGCAAGGCCUACCCUCUCGGCCGGAUUCUCAUCGGAAGCAGCUUUCCUCUGUCCGGCGGGCGGCGAAUGACCAAGGUGGUGCGCGACUUCCUGCAGGCCCAGCAGGUCCAGGCGCCCGUGGAACUCUACUCGGACUGGCUGACCGUGGGCCACGUGGAUGAGUUCAUGACCUUCGUCCCGGUCCCAGGCACAAAGCAAUUCCGGCUGCUCAUGGCCAGCACCUCGGCCUGCUACAAGCUCUUCCGAGAGAAGCAGAAGGAGGGCCAUGGAGAGGCCAUCAUGUUCAAAGGCUUAGGCGGGAUGAGCAGCAAGCGAAUCAGCAUUAACAAGAUUCUGUCCAACGAAAGCCUCGUGCAGGAGAACCUGUACUUCCAGCGCUGCCUGGACUGGAACCGUGACAUCCUCAAGAGGGAGCUAGGGCUGGCAGAGCCGGACAUCAUCGACCUGCCUGCUCUGUUCAAGAUGGAUGAGGACCGCCAGGCCAGAGCCUUCUUCCCAAACAUGGUGAACAUGAUCGUGCUGGACAAGGACCUGGGCAUCCCCAAGCCGUUCGGGCCCCAGGUGGGGGAGGAGUGCUGUCUGGAGCUGCACGUGCGUGGCCUGCUGGAGCCCCUGGGCCUCCAGUGCACCUUCAUCGACGACAUCUCCGCCUACCACAAGUUCCUGGGGGAGGUGCACUGCGGCACCAACGUGCGCCGGAAGCCCUUCGCCUUCAAGUGGUGGCACAUGGUGCCCUGACCACUCCUUCCCCGAGUUCUCCAGACCCCUCGUGCACCCAGACUCCUGCCUCACACGGACUGGACGGCCCCGCUGGGAGACCUUCGGGAAGCGCCUUGCCCCUCCCUGGGAAGGGCCUCAGGUCCACUGAAGCCGCCCCCCAGUGACCUUGUUCUUCCUGAAAACAGCCGGGCCAGUGUCUCUAUAGCCUUGGCACGAGAAACAAAACAAAGCACAACAAGCCACGUCCCCAAGCCCUUCCCCAAAGAAUCCUUCGGUCUCGAGCCCAACACUGAAUGAGGGGAGGAGGGAAGGGGGUUCUGGGAUCGCUGGCUCUUCCAGCCGCCGUGCCCUGAAGUUCAAGGUAGAACGUGUGGAAAGGGACCCCAGGCGCCCAGACAUAACUUGAACUGCCAGCAUCAUUUCAAAUCCUCCUCCCUCGGGGUUUCCGAUGGCCACUCCCAAGAAGUCAUUCCUCACCCGCCUCUCUCACACCCUCCCGGCUCCCUCUCUGCAGUGUGGACACCAUCACUAGCCCUCCUCCCCACUCCUGAGGGUCCAACGACACGGCUUCGAGCCUUCCCUGGAAACAGCUCAUCAGAGCAGUCUCUCCAUCUGCCAGCUGCUCCUCUUACCCAUCUGUCCCGUGGGCACAGGCUCCCCCAGAUGCAUGGGGGCUUCACCCCAGACCAGCCUCCUGGGGCCUGAGAGUUCCGUGUGUAAAGACACCAGGUCAGCCAUGUUGAUCAUCUCUUGCCUGGCCUCGAUGCUCUGGCCAGUCCCUGCCCUCCCUCUCCCCCCAGCCUCAACAGCCUACUCCUGAUGCCAUCUCUCCAGGCAGCUAGACAAGAACUUCUUCACCACCAGCCAGACUCAGACCUUC